AGCUCCUCCUUCGUCAUCUACAUCCACUGUCUCGCUUGGCAUCUCAUUGAAGAAAAUAACCAGUAUCUCACGUGUAACAUCGGGUUCACACUUUUCCACGGGAAACAUUCAAGCUCAGGCGACAAUGACUUCAAUAUACUAUUGUUUGACAUAUGCAUCUAAUGAUCGUGGCGGUCGGAAAGCGAAUAACCGCGUUCGAACUGCAAGUAUACUGUAAAUGCAAUUGACCUUUCUGUUUGGAAAUUCCUCUUCGCGUCUCAUACCUCUAAAUGGCCUUCAAGGCGUUCUACGAGGUACCGCAGUAAUACGUCACUUGCAACUCCCUGUCAUGGUAAGUACUUCGGAUACUUUUCAGGGCCAUUCUCGUUGUUUCCCAACCGUUUGCCGGAUGUUAUUUUAAUGCUCUCCAGCGAUGAUGAAGCGGAGAUAGCUUUUUAACUGAUGGGAAGUUGUCAAACUACCGCCGCAUCGUCAUCAUCUCCUCGAACCGCAGUAGUCAGUCUGCCUCAUUUACUCUCGAACUCUCCAGCCUCAUCGUCAUUAUAUCAGACUCUGCCAUGCAGUGUAUGGUGGGUAAGAGACUUAUCCAGAAGAUCAAUGAACUCCCAAGGAAUGUGGAUGCAAUGUGGAAACCUCGUUGGAGAGAGAUCAGGGAAGGUGUGCGCUCCGGGGUGAUCUCGGUGCGAUAUAGCAGAUAGACGGCCACCAAAAAAAUAGAUGGUCGGCGCAUCAAACGACAUGCUUUCAGUCUAAUUCGGAGUGCACAGGCCGUGACGAAUUCCACACCUCGCUGUGCAGUCGUUUACGGCCAAGAUGUCCGUACUGUGGAGCAUAUAGUCUUCUCCAUAAGCUCUCACCUUCACGACUUUUCACGACCCCGUAACGUCUGAAGAUAUGAAAACCUACCUCCUCCCUCGACGCGAAGCAUACCUUCCGUUAGUCGCUGGUUACGCGUCGCACCCGCAUAAUCGUCGGACCCUCUAUAAUGCUCUAAUCAUCGUAUUCUCGAUUGGUCUUAACCUCUUCUUCGUCGUCUCAUAUUACAAUCGUCCGCAGCCACCUCCUCCACUACGCCAGAAUCCAUUAGAUCACUAUCAAGGCCUAAACACCUUCCCCUUAGUGAACCAAGAUACACUUUCAAAAUCCCUUUCAUCUCGAACGUUCAAUCCCGAGGAACAUGCAGUCGUCACAACUCUAUACACCGACGCAUUUGCGCCAGCUGUAGCCACACUUGGUCAUAGUCUACGCAAAGCGAAUACUUCAGCACGUCUCAUCCUAUUAUACCUCCCCGAGAAGGUUUCACCUUCCGCACUCUGCGUCGCGACAUCAUCGGGAUUCGUAGCUCAACCAGUGGCACGUAUACCACCGCCCAAUAACGGCGAAGGCGCACAUCCACAUUUCCUCGACCAGUUCACAAAGCUGACUCUGUGGAAACUCGAUCAGCAGGGGAUCAAGAGUCUCGUGUACCUAGAUGCGGACACACUCGUACGAAGAAACUUUGACGAGCUAUUCACUUUCCCGUUCAACUUUGGUGCCGUUCCGGACGUGUACCUCGAUGACAACGGUUUCAUCCUGGGUUUCAACGCAGGAGUCCUCUUCCUGCGUCCCUCCACCACUGUCUUCAACCAAAUGGUCUCCCAGAUCGCCACCGCCGACUUCCCUCACCUCGAAGCGGAACAAUCGUUCCUCAACCACUACUUCGGCGCCGAAGCCGUCCGCCUACCUUAUGCCUACAAUGGCAACCUAGCGAUUAAGCAACGUGCACCGGAGAUGUGGAAUCGUACAGCGCAUGAACGGAGAAUUGUCCAUUUCACGUUGGCGAAGCCAUUUUUGAUGGGUGAUUAUGAGAGAGUUCCAUGGUACGAGUUAGAGGAGAGGGUGGUGGAGGUAGCGGGGUAUGAGGAUGGAGCGUAUAAGGAGGAAACAAUGUGGUGGGGAGAGAUGUUCAAGGAGAUGAAACAUACUUAUGCGAAACAGUUGCAUAAGUGUUUCCGACAUUCGAGUUCGCGAUUUAGUGCGUCUUCUACUUCAUAGCCGUGAUCGACUAAUGGUGGCUUGUCUGCUGCGCCUCUUCUCCUUCGGCAGAGUCACUCAUUCUUUGUAUGAUGGAAAAAUGCUUCAUGAUAUGAUUUGUAUUCCAGUCUCGACCUCUUGCUUUAUCCUGCCACCUUCUUCACAUCCGCAAUAUCCCUCUUCACAUACUUUCAUUUGUAGAUUAUUCUCAAGAAUUAACUUAUUCAUUCACAACUUACAAGCAUGCUUUUUCUCCUUGUAUCAUGAUGUAUACCAUACAGCUUUCUUAUGUAGAUCAAUUUUGGGUUUCUGUGUUAUCACACUUGACAAUGAGACAAGUACUGAGAAGGGGGCCAUAAUUGGGAUAUCAGUUACUGACAUCACUUGGUGCUAUUAGAUACAAUGGUGAAUCUUGCAGCUUCAGCUUCAGAAUUCAUAACAUAUUUGUACCAGAGAAUAUGGGUACACUGGAAAUCUCUUGAGCUUGUUCAUUCCAUGCUACUGAUAUGCUCAAUAUACUAAAUAUGAUUCA